AUGACUGCGUGGCAAGCAACAACACAACAACAACAACAGAAGCAGAAGCAGCAGCAGCAGCAGCAGCAACAACAACACAGACACAGUAACAAUAACAACAAUGGAGGAAACAACGUUGUUGCAACACAACCGCCGUCGCGUCAUUGCCAUUUGCAUUUAAUUGUUGUGAUUAUCUUGGCCUGCUGCACACGCUGGUUGUAUGGCUUGCCAGACGGACGUGCCACAUGCCGCUCAGUGCCUGGUCUGACCAAGGAUCAGGUGGAGUUAUGCUACAAGGCAAGUGAUGUGACUGCUGCAGCGUUAGAAGGCCUCGAUAUGGCCAUCAGAGAAUGCCAGACACAGUUUCAGUGGCAUCGAUGGAACUGCUCAUCGCUGAGCACAAAGAGUCGCAAUCCGCAUGCCUCCAAUCUGCUCAAGAAAGGUUAUCGGGAGAGUGCUUUUGCCUUUGCUAUUUCAGCAGCGGGUGUGGCACACAGUGUGGCAAGAGCCUGUAGUCAAGGACGUUUGAUGUCCUGCGGUUGUGAUCCUACCAUCAACCGGAAAACGCUUAACAAGAAUCUCCGUCAAUCCUUGGACAAGGAGAAGAAGCAGUUUCUUCAAUACCUCGAAACGAAUCAAAUACUUACCCCCGAGGAGGAAAAGAAAUAUGAACGUUCGAAAAUUGCCAGUCGCUGGAAAUGGGGCGGUUGCUCCCACAACAUGGACUUUGGCGUCGAGUACUCCAAGCUAUUUCUCGAUUGCCGCGAAAAAGCUGGCGAUAUACAGUCCAAAAUUAAUCUUCACAACAAUCAUGCGGGAAGAGUGGCCGUCUCCAACAAUAUGGAGUUCCGCUGUAAGUGCCACGGUAUGUCGGGCAGUUGUCAACUGAAAACCUGCUGGAAAUCUGCUCCAGAUUUUCAUAUUGUCGGCAAAGUGCUGAAGCAUCAGUUUCGCAAGGCCAUCCUGGUGGAUCAAUCGAAUCUCGGCAAUGGGGAGCCCGUUGUGGUCUUAAAGCGGGCACGCAAUAAAAAAUUAAAUGGUGGCAACGGUGCCGGCACCUCCUCGGAUAUGGUGGCCUCCGAUGCGUCUGGCAUAUUGGGGGGUCGUGAGACACAACGGGAUCGGGACGGCGAACGAGGCACGCGACAGCCGAAUGCUGAUAAGAGCGCCGCUCGCAUGGCACGAAAGCUGGAGACGUCACUUUUUUAUUAUCAGCGAUCCCCGAACUUCUGUGAGCGGGAUCUGGGAGCAGAUAUACAGGGAACAGUGGGAAGAAAAUGUAAUCGAAAUACGACAACCAGCGAUGGCUGCGCCUCAUUGUGCUGUGGGCGUGGUCACAGCCAAGUUAAGGAACGACGAGCGGAACGCUGUCGCUGUAAAUUUGAAUGGUGCUGUACUGUGGAAUGCGAUGAAUGUCAUAUAGAGGAAUGGAUAAGUGUGUGCAAUUGAAAAACCCGAUGGCAUUCAAAUAAGAACUGGAUAAAAGACUUAUUCUCAUGAAUUAACAGCAGCGUCAGCUAAUAUAAAAACCAACAGUAUUAAAAUAUAAAUAAUUAAUGAAAAUAAGAAUUAUUUAGUCUAAAAUAUUUCAUAUCGAAUAGGAAUACUAUAGAUCUGAAUAUACGAAUACGUCAAUAGCAUAUUAAUUGAUAAAUUCAUGAUGUGUGAGUGUAAAUACGAAUAAAUAAGAUUAACGAUUGGUUUGUCAA